UAUUAAAAAAAUAAUAAAAGUGAAAAAUGUAAUAUAUAAUUUAAAAUAUAAUAAAGUGAUAUUAUAAAUUUUAAGAAGUUUGUAAUUUUAAUUUAAAUAAUAUAGCAUUAAACAAAUAAUAAAAGUGAAAAAUGUAAUAUACAAUUUAAAAUAUAAUAAAGUGAUAUUAUAAAUUUAAAAAAGUUUGUAAUUUUAAUUUAAAUAAUAAAAGUGAAAAUGUAAUAAAAUGAUGUUAUAAUAAGUAUAAAUGAGCAUAAGAUAUUGUAAAGUAUAUGAUAAGAUAUUGUAAAAUAGCAUAAAAUUAAAUUUGUAUUAUCUUUUCUUGAUCUCUUUGGUUAUACACCAAAGAUAGGAUUUAACAAAUGUAUUUGUAUUAUCACAUAGUGAUAAUUUUUUUUAAAAUUUUACACAUGCACGAAAUACCUUAGACCCGUUUAGAGAGGCGGAGUCAGUAAGGACUCUUAAAUACGCUUCUCCAAAUUAUAAUAAAGUGUUGUAUAUGUAGUAUGUCUACACCAGGUGGCAGCAGUUCGAAAAAGAAAGGGGUCAGAGGUAAAUACAAAGGCAAGAAUGUUGAGGAGGAGCUCUCCAAAACACAAUCUGCCAAGUUACAGAUUGAGCUGCACGCAGAGACUGGCACCCCCGUCGGCAAAAACGGAAAAAAAUUCAACAAUAUGGCGAAAUGGAUGACUCGGAUGUCUAUCCCCAUUAAUAAAUUCAAAUGGGAAGAUGUCAGUAGAGCUGACAUCAAUGCCCUCUGGGAUAGACUUGAGACCAAGUUUGUCCUCCCACGAGAUAACCCUACAUUCGUAGACUACGGUGAGUACGAGAUGUCAAAGGGUUUACGUGACUGGAGGGCGUGA